GAACAAGGCUUAGACUCCAAAACAAAACCAGACAUGCCUGAUACAAUGCAGCGAGUUCAGAUCGUCCAAAGGAAUAGGACGCUCAAACUUUGCUACAUUUUUAGUAGCAAUGAUACUUGUAACUUGGACGUUGUGGGAAAAUUACUUUCCUGCAUAAAAGAAAAACAGGCCAUCAAAAUGCUCGCUUUUAAGAAUCAUUUUAGCCCGUCGGAUACAACGGAGAUGUGUGAGAGUAUUAUUCCCGAUUUGCCAAUGGAUUUUGCAAUUUUUGUCGUCCAUGCGAACGAAGAUCGCUUUUUAAUCAACGAAGACAGCGCGAGGAUUUACAGAGCUUUGUGGAAGGCCACAGGUAAGUUCUAAUAUUAUGUAGUACUGGUUUGCCGUCUACCUAUUUGUAAAACAACACGCCUAAUAUUCAAUUCGAUCGAUGAUAAUCAGCCUAGCAUCAAAAAAACAACCUAGAAUGAACUUUUCAACCUGAAAGUCGCUAUCAAUCACUUUGUGAAAAUCGUGGAACAAACAAACCCUUUUACAGGGGCACCCAACGACAAUUUUCGGAAAAUAUCUGUUCGGAAGACGAUUUGACAUCUAGAAUUUUCGGAAAAUUUGUUGUAAAAUUUCUUGCUUCCCUGCCUCUCGUAGGAUUUUCGAACAUCUAAAAACUACUAUAAUUGCCCAUUUUUAACGGAUUUUUACCGUUAAAACCUCACCUAGAAUUUUCGGGAGCCUUUUUUCUGCCUGAAAUUUUCGAAAAGGUAAGUUUUGAUCCCUAUAAUUUUCGGAUCACUAGACUUUCAGCUAGGAAAUCCGAACAGAUCAAAAAUUUUUAGGGGAUAAAAAUAUGCCUAUAUCUACCGUUUAAAUACUAAAAUAACUUUUUUUUUUAACUUUGUAACUUUAUUUGAUUUACCACAAAAUACAAAUAACGAUAAAACAAUACAGUUACAUAAAAGCAAAUGAAAGUGACGAGGAAGCCCAAAAAGAAACCAUGAGGCUUAUACACAUUGGGCUCCCUCAGAGUAAAAAUAAAGUUAACAGUAACGGUAAGGCCAGGAUCGAAAGCAAAAUACAAUGAAGGUAAGUAUAAAUUAACUAAUUACAUAGACUGAGUUGACAAAAUAUAAGGUAUGGUACAAGUAACAAUAAGUAUAAAAAUAAUAUCAGACAUGUGAAGAAAUAUAACUAUUUACUACAAGAUUUAUAACUAAUAAUUCAUAUAUAAUUUUUUUUUCAAUUUCGUUUUGAAUAAGUGGAGAGAAUUAGAUUCUUUAAUAUCAUUUUCUAUAGUGUUAUAAUAAGUAGGUCCUUGGAAACUGACAGAAAAUUUACGAAGGUUUGUUCUACAAGAAGGAAGGUGAAAAUCGUUCGCGUGUCUAGUGGCAUAGUUAUGGACUUGUUUGUUUAAAGAAAAAUAAUUGUUGAACUUUGAAGGCAAAAGAGAAUGGUUAAGAGAAAACAUAAGUUUACCCAAUUCUAGCUGUCUAAUAUCGGAAAGGGAAAAUAAGUUAAACAAUGCUAUGUUUAAGUGGUUUUGAACUAUAUUCUCGUUGGGUGCCCCUGCUUUUAUACAAAUACCACCAUGAAUAUCUUCCACGACAUGAUGACAUUGUUGAUCACUUCAGGUUUGUACAAUAACUAAGUGAUUUCUUAAAUCAAGCUAAAAUCAGUGAGAAAAAGGGGAAGAAGCUAUUUGAUUUCGUUUUCAAAUUUAACCCAAAAAAAGGAACUAGCGAGAAACACAGCAGAGUAAAUCAGGUGUUGACCAUGUUGCAUUGUAAAAUAUAUCACCCCAUAUAAGGACAUCUGAAACAGUCUUGGAUUCUGGAUUCCUUUCCAUGGAUUUCGGCCUCUUUGAUAGGGAUUCCUUGAGCUCGACACUUACGUGCAGUGCAAAAGUCUAAAGGUCCCGAUUUAUAAAGGAAUUUUAACUUCUUUUAUUGAGUUAUAGGAGGAAAAGUACUCGUUGUUAUCGGUGGUGAUGACAACUACAAGGACUCUGCUGAGGAACAAGGUUCCUUCCUGUCGCGCUGGGCUCGGAAAAAAAUUUCUUCUCAGUUCAGCGAAGAAUACUUGGAUGGAAGGCAGAGCUUUAUCUUCUCUUGGAACAAUGGUCACAGACCAAUUCACGAAGAAGCACUGUUGCAUUACUUUGAUUCUCAUAAAAAGGAAAAGAAAUUUGUUCCCGAAAAGAAGACUGAAGUAGCGGUUACUCAAGUGAUCCCCAAACAGGUUUGCUUGUGUGCUUGUAGGUUGUGAAAUUUUGGCAAAACUAUUUUGAAAAAAUCCAUAUUCAGUGGUACUUCGAUAUACUCGGCGACUAAUGAUUUUGCACACUUUUUGGAACAAACAUAUCGCCUCGUUUUCCCGAAUUUAGGAACUGAAAAUCAGAAUAUUACUAACUCUGUAAUAGUUAUUGUUUAACCAGAUAUAAAAGUCGUUUUAUCUUAUCAAGAACUCAUAAUUUCAAUCUCGUGUUGCAGGAAGAAGAUGAGCACAGGGAAGAGUCAAAUGUACCGUUCGAGGACUUCGAGGAAAUAACCCAUGCUGAUGUACCA